AUGAUUGGAUAAAUUUUAGCAUGGCUCUGUUAAUUAAUAGAUAAGUUAAUUACGCAUAUUAACAAAAAAAUAAUGCCGAAAAAGAAAUUAGAAUUAAGACGAUAUCAUUAAAUACCGAGAUCAAUUUCAUUUAGAACAGAGAAAUUGAGAUUAUUAAUUGGAUUAGAAGGUACUUUAGUUUGUACAAGUCCUAUAUUUAUUUCAGGAUGGGAUUGGUUUAAUGUUAAGUAAUAUUGUAAUAAUAUUAUUAUGCAGAUAUCCCUCAGGAGCAACUCAAGAUUUUUAUGUUAAACAUAGACCAUACUUAGAUAUAUUUUUAUUGAGUGUUUCAAAAUAUUAUGAUGUGAGCAUUUAUACAACUAAAAUAUAAGAAUUUGCUGUUCCAAUAAUAAAUAGAUUUUGCAUUCAAUUUGAACAUAAUUUUUACAGAUAAAAGUAAAUUUUAUUUUUCACAUAGUCAUGUGUAUAAUCUCGUCAUAAAAUCAGAAAGGAAAUAAAUAUGACAACAUCAAAUCCUCAUAAUGUGAUAUUUGUGGAUUAUGAUGAGGAUUAAUGUUAAGGUAUAAAUCUUAAACAUUCAUUCAAGCUAAUUUAGAAAAUGCUUAUACAAUAACAUAAUACAAAGGUCAAGAUGAUGAUAUUGAAUUGAAAAAUUUGGAGGAUUUCUUAAUACGAGCUAAAGAUAAGAUGUAGAAACAUAGAGAGGAGGGUCAUAGUGUUUCAAUUUAAGAUGUACUCGAGGAAAUGUGA